GGGGGGGGGGGGGGAGGUGAAGUAAACUAGUAAACAUUCGUACUCCUUCUUCCUCAAUACCAAAACCUGGAAAUUUAGGAUAUUUUCUUUGGUCGGCCAUGCCACUCUCCCCGCCGUUGUGAAUUUUCAAUUCAGUACCAUGGAUGAUGAUUAUGAUGAAGAUCGGGGAUGGGGAGAAGAUGUUGGUGAUGGGGAGUCGGAUGGGGGUGAGGAAGCCGUUGGUGAUCCUCAAGAAGUACUUCGGGAAUGUUUGGAGAAAUUUAGCACUCCUGAUUAUAUUAUGGAACCAGGAAUAUUUACCCAGCUGAAGAGGUAUUUCCAAGCUGGUGGAAAUCCUGAACAAGUCAUAGAACUUCUGUCUCAAAAUUACAAGGCAGUAGCACAAACAGCAAAUCUUGUUGCUGAAUGGCUUAUUCUAGGUGGUGUAAAAGUGACAGAAGUUCAAGCAAUGGUUGAAAACCACUUAAAAGAAAUGAUCUUAAAAAACUUUGACCCCAAAAAGGCAGACACUAUUUUCACUGAAGAGGGUGAUACCCCAGCCUGGCUGACAGAAAUGAUUGAACACCCUACAUGGAGAUCAUUGAUAUACCGUUUAGCAGAGGAAUAUCCUGACUGCCUCAUGUUGAACUUUACCAUCAAGUUGAUAUCUGAUGCUGGAUUUCAAGCUGAAAUCACUAGUAUAUCUACAGCAGCCCAGCAAAUUGAGGUCUUUACUCGUGUGUUAAAAACAGCAAUUGCUAACUUUCUUCAAGGUCCUGAAGACUGGAACAAGAGUGUUCGAGAGGUUGCUAAAAUGGUUUGCCAUGGUCAGCACACCUACGUUUACAGCCAAGUACUUCUAGCUGUUUUAUCCCAGGAGACAAGAGGUGGUGCUGUUGUUAAACGAUUAUCACAAGAAAUUGUAAAAUGUGCUCAAGAAAGCCAGCACGAUGUGACACCUAUUACCAUGGCACUCAACGGUGCUGCGGGAUAUCCUCAGGCUUGCCAAGCCCUUACUUCUAUGCUAUCUCGCAAUGCCUUAAAUCCUGCUGAUAUUUCUGUUCUCUUUCGAAAUUAUUCUGCCCUUGACCCCCCACCUAUUGAUCUCAUUAGAACACCUCAGUUUCUAGAGUUACUGGUGGAUGCACUAUUCAAGCCUGGUGUAAAGCUAAAUGUGGAACAUAGGCCUAAGUAUGUUUAUCUAUUGGCUUAUGCAUCAAGUGUUUGUGAAACAUGGCCUAAAAAGGGUGUUGCAAGUAGUAAAUUAGUAAACAAAGAGGAACUGAAAGCAACUGAAAAAGCUGUUGACAAGGUGUCCACCAUUUGUAGCACUAACAAAGGUUCUACUGAGUUGAUUGCUGAAUUAAGCACCUUGUAUGACUACAUUAAAGUUCCAGUUGUGUCAGUUGGUGUGGUCCGAUGGGUAGAAGUUACUGUGCUGGAACCAACAUAUUUUCAACUUUGUGUUGAAUCAACCCCAACACAUUUAGCACUCUUAGAUGAAGUAGCUGGAUGCCAUUCUCUUCUACAUCCAAGACUCCUCAAUCUCCUAAUUACAUUAUUUGAAUCAAAGCAGGAUGCUUUAGAAAUUCUAGUGCAGCUUGAACUACGAAAAAUGUUACUGGACAGAAUGGUUACAUUGUUAUGUCGAGGUUGUGUAGUUCCAGUUAUGAAAUACAUCAAACAAUGUUGGAUAAGUGGAGAAACAGACAUCUCUCUGAUAAGAUACUUUGUCAUGGAGUUCUGCAACCUUGUAUUUCAGGUCCUUGAAGCAAUCGCUCCUCCAUACACCAAUGAGUUUGUGCAGCUUUUCUUACCCAUGGUUGAAAAUGAAGAAAUAACAGGAUCAAUGAGAGGAGAUGGUGAUAAUGAUCCUGUCUCUGAGUUUAUUGUACAUUGCAAAGCCCAUUAUACUGUUCAUUGAAAUUAGACAUGAAACAUGUUCAAGUUACCAAUGAAGCAUUUUAAGAGUAUUGUAAGUUUUAACAUAACAGCAUUACAAAAAAAGGUGUCAAGAUGUGCACACUUCAAGUUGUUCGAAAUUACCUCUUACAGAUAUUUUUCUCCAUGCAUCACAAUUUGUUUAGUUACAUUAAAUUGAUAUUGUGUAAAAGAUAAGUAAAUAGUCUUUUUGAGCAUAAAAACAUAGCUGUAUUGAUGGUCAAGCAGGAAUUAAUGCGUUCAAUCAUCUGUAAGUGCGAUUUUUUCAUUUUAAACUUACAAUUUUUUAUUUAAAUACUUUUUGUUGCCUUACAUGGCUGUGCCUGUACUGAUUGCUAAAAUCUUGUUCCUUACUUUGAACAAGGUGUGAGUCUCUUCAUUACAGAAGAGCAUUGAUUAAUUGUCUUCAAGGUACUAUUUAAUAAAUGAACUUAUCCGACAACAAA